AUGGCAUCUACAGCGGCACCAAACCCAUGUUCGCUUUCUCGCACUAAUGUCUCGCAAAGAUCAAAUUUUUCCAGCACAUUCUCAUUCAAGGUACCAUAUUUUUCGGACCCUCGGAGCCCAAAACUCGUCUCGGUUCAAUCGCACAACCCCAACCUCGAUUCCUUCAAAAUGGAACAAACGGCUUCCGGGUACGGAUCUGGGCCCGAUGAUUCGGCCCGUUUGCAUGCUUCGCCGUCCGCCUCUGCCGCUAUUGAUUUUCUCACAUUGUGCCACCGUUUGAAGCAGUGA